CAAAAGCACUUGGACUAUAAAAGACAACAAAUCAUAUUCCUCCGGAGUAUAUACACCCCGUUGUCCACCCAAUGAGUUCCUAUUUCGUUAACUCAACUUUUCCCGUGUCUCUGCCGGGAGGACAGGACUCUCUCCUGGGUCAGAUACCGCUCUAUUCCUCGGGAUACACGGAUCCGUUAAGACACUACUCCAACGCGGCCACGUAUGGAGGGGCCAACAUGCAGGAGAAGGUUUACCCAGCGUCCUACUACCAGCAGACGGGCGCAGCAGCCGCGGCCAUCUACGGCCGCGCCGGCAGCGGAGCGCCCUGCGACUACAACCCGGUCGGGACUUUCUACAAGGACGCCGAGGGCUCGUGCGCUUUCUCGAGCCGCGAGGACCCGCCGCUGUUUGUCACUCAGGAGCACCAGCAGCGCAAGGCGGAGUGCUCGGAGCAAAGUGUCAGCAUGAGCAGCAGCCUCGACGACAAGGCGUCCACGCUCAUCUACCCCUGGAUGCAGAGGAUGAACGCCUGCUCCGCUGGCCCAUUUGGCAGCAGUGGCCGCAGGGGCCGACAGACCUACACCCGCUACCAGACCCUGGAGCUGGAGAAGGAGUUCCACUUUAACCGCUACCUGACCAGGAGGCGCCGGAUAGAGAUCUCCCACGCUCUGUGCCUGACGGAGAGACAGAUCAAAAUCUGGUUUCAGAACCGCAGGAUGAAGUGGAAAAAGGAGAACAAACUCCUGAACCCCUCAAAGACACCCGAGGAGGAGGAACAAGCUGAGAAAAAGAGCUAAAAAAGGGGACUCUGAAACAAAAAGAAUGUGUGUGUGUGCGCGCGUGCGUUUCUGUGCACACUCCCAAGUUAAAAUGAUGUAUAAUUACUUUGUAGAUAAUAUGAAGUGCAGCAGAAUCCCACGAUGGACUUUGUUUGAGUAUCAGCACGACAGCACCGUCCGCAUUAAUCAGGUCCUCCUCUGUUUGUCCUUGUGCUUGUGUCUUUAUUUAGAGGACUAUGCAACAAUCUGCCAAAAUGUAAAUAAAUCAGUGUUUAGUUUGCUGCUUCCACACCAAUGUAUGAAUCCCAUUAUUAUUAAUUUUUUUAUUAUUAUUUAAUCCGCAUGGCAUCUAGCAGGUUGUGUCUCUUAGCGUGUAGCUGUGACUGUGAUAGUUUUAGGCUUGCUGUCUACAGAUGUGCCAUCAACAAUUUGUACAAAAAAGACAUGCUACCUGUUAUUUAUUGUUGUUCACCACGUGUCCAAUGCACAUCUGGAUAUUGUGUGCAAUAUUUUGUUUAGGAAAUUGUACAUAUAAAAUAAAGGCGUUUUGAUGUAUAGUGGAAAA